CUCCUGAAAACAAAAAUGGUGGCGAGCAAUAUGCCCUAUCCCUGCCCUGCUUUAAUGGCACGCCAAAUGUCUGCGUUCUCUAGGCUUCCUUCUACCAUGCAUUCCCCUCCGACUGAUAUAUCUAAUUUCACUGUGAACAGAGGAAAUCGCAUUCCAGUAGUAGGCUCUGUUUCGCGUACGAAAUAAGUGGGGCCGUGUCUAACCAAAACAAGAAGAUUGUUGGGUUUUGACAUAAACUGGUAAUGUCUGAUAGAGCAAGCAUAAUGAAGUUGGAAGCUGAAAUGGCUGCGCCGCUGCAUCUGCAAAGAUUAGAACGCAGCCUCAAUGUACAGCCUUUCUUAAGGCAAAUCAACGAUCUCUUUCAAGAACAAGCGAGUGAAGAUGACAAAUCUGUUUCAUCGGAAUCUUCUGAUGGUUCAGAUGCUUACCUUGAUAAUGUACUUUCUCGGAAAGAAGAAACAAGAUAUAAUAAGCUGAGAUUGUAUAAUAUGUCAAAUGUGGGUGAUGAACGUCGCUGGUUACAAGAUAUUCUGUUAAGUGAUUCCUCUGACAGUUCUGCGUCAAGUUCUGAUACAGAAAGUCAAGUCACUGAAGAAGAUUUUCAAGAGAUGUUGAAGUUCCACAUAUUACGGAAAAAGUUUCAAGGCCGCUUUUAUCAGAAACCAGAAAAUAUACAGUAUCAAUACUAUAGUGCUGGUUUGUUAUCAAAUUAUGAUAGAUUUCCAGAUCAUCAAAAGUUGAUUGUAGGGAAUAAGAAGAAAAAAGAGAAGAAGCCGGACAAAAAAAUAAUGAAAAUUAAGAAAGAAAAAAUGAAUCGUCAUCGUGCAUCCGAAGAGUAUCGUAAAGGAAAUUUGGAGGAAGGUGAAUGGGGUAAAUCAGUUCCUAGAGAGGAAGAGUUAGAUGAAUCUGAAUUAGAAGCUAUAAUGCGUCAUCAACCCCGAGGUAGAGGAAGAAAGAAACAUAAUACCAAGAGUGUGGAGGUAAUGACGAUGAGAAGAAGAAAAAUAUGGGUUAUGAUGUCUAAGAAGGAAUUAGGAAAAGUACAAAGAGCGAAAACCAAUAACCAUAAAGAAAUGCUAAUAAGUUGUAAAAAGGUAGCGCAACAUUGUAUGAAAUAUUGGCGGCAGAAGGCCAUGCAAUCGCAAAAAAAUAUGAAAGAAACUAUUUGGAGAGCAAAACGAUUGACAAGAGAAAUGCAGUCUUAUUGGAAACGUUACGAUCGGGUUGAACGAGAAACUAGAAAAAGAUUAGAAAAAGAAGCUGAAGAGCAACGUAAAAUGGAUGUGGAACUUAUUGAAGCAAAGCGCCAGCAAAGGAAAUUGAACUUUCUUAUCACCCAAACAGAACUAUAUGCUCAUUUUAUGUCGCGAAAAAUAGAUAAAACAACAUCAGAGGAACAGUCAAGAAUCUUAAAUCAGUUAGACGAAGAAAAGAAUCCCAGACUGAUUGGUAUUGAUGAUUAUGACAGUGAAACUAUGAAGCAAAAGGCAAAGAGAAAUGCUACUGAAGCAUUCAACAACGAAAAAGCCAGGACCAAGCAGUUUGAUACAGCUGCUGCAUCUCAAGAAUUGCGUCUCAGUGAUACACCUGAGAACUUGGAACACCCUCAGCCUUCAAUUUUCAAGGGUAAUCUGAAGGGUUAUCAAUUGAAAGGAAUGAAUUGGUUGGCAAAUUUAUAUGAUCAGGGUAUUAGUGGAAUAUUGGCUGAUGAAAUGGGUCUCGGAAAAACCGUACAAUCCAUAGCAUUCUUAUGUCACGUCGCUGAGAGAUAUUCCGUUUGGGGACCAUUCUUAAUUAUAUCACCAGCUUCCACAUUACACAACUGGCAACAGGAAAUGGCAAGAUUUGUACCCGUAUUCAAAGUAGUUCCAUACUGGGGUAAUCCUCAAGAACGCAAGAUAUUGAGACAAUUUUGGGACACUAAAGACUUGCACACAAAAGAAGCUUCUUUUCACGUGGUGAUAACAAGUUAUCAAUUAGUAAUUACGGACUAUAAAUAUUUUAAUAGAAUAAAAUGGCAGUAUAUGAUUUUGGAUGAGGCACAAGCUAUUAAAAGCACAAGCAGCAUGAGAUGGAAGUUGUUAUUGGGAUUCAGUUGUCGCAAUAGAUUACUGCUCAGUGGUACUCCUAUACAGAAUAGUAUGGCAGAAUUGUGGGCGUUAUUACACUUCAUCAUGCCAACAUUAUUCGAUUCACAUGAUGAAUUUAACGAGUGGUUCUCUAAGGAUAUAGAAAGUCACGCGGAGAAUAAAACAGGAAUAGAUGAAAAACACUUGUCGAGACUUCACAUGAUCCUGAAACCUUUCAUGUUACGAAGAAUAAAAAAAGACGUGGAAAAUGAAUUAUCUGACAAGAUUGAAGUGAUGGUAUAUUGUCCGCUUACGACUCGUCAGAAGUUGCUUUAUUCAGCAUUGAAGAAAAAGAUUCGAAUAGAGGAUUUACUGCAUUAUACAGUAGGCGGAGGAGACACUGCAUCUAAUGACAAAAACUUUACUUCCAACCUAAUGAAUCUAGUCAUGCAGUUCCGAAAAGUCUGUAAUCAUCCGGAACUCUUUGAACGCAGAGAUGCCAAAUCGCCGUUUUUUAUGAAUACCGAAUUUUACAAUAUGCCUGUCUUAUUGUAUAACGAAGGACUCUUGCAUCUAGCAUUGCCAUCCAAAGACUAUCUGUUGUAUAAUAGAUUGUUUAUAUUUGCUGCGGAACAUAUUCACCGUACUCUUCACUGCGACGAAGAUUCGCACAAAAACACAUUCUCAUUUAGCAGAUUUCUCAACUUAUCCCCAAUGGAGUUGAACAAAAUGUUUAUUGCUGGCACUUUAUUUAGAUUAUGUCUUAUUACGUUGAUGGAAAGAAGAUUAAAAAUGGUACAAUACUGGGAAGAUUGGAGCGUCGACAACACAUCGAGAACACCAGCGAAUCAACUGUUUUAUUUGCCGAAAAAGAUUGAUGCCUUGUCGACGACGUUGCAAGAUAUAUUUUUUACGAGGAAAAUAAUUGAAGGCGAGGCUUUCUACACACACACCACCCAUACGAUACAUUCGAUGCCAGAAACUGUUGCGCACAGAAUAUUGCGUAGUAGUAAAAAAGCCAAUCAGCUGAUAAAGUUACAAAGGAUACUUCCCACUGGUAAAACGGAGCAAGUGGAAGAUUCAAAAUUGACUCUACUGCCUGAACAUCCGCACCACCCACGGCAGACCAUAAUGCGUUAUUGCCAACAGACAACGAUUCCUGCCUUCGUUUGCGAUAACAAUCCUAAGGUUCAAGCUAGUCCGCGAAAAUUAUAUGUUAGGAAUAGUUCCGCAGCGUGCGCCUGGAAGAGGCACGAGGAAUGUGGCGGUCCGUUUGGUCAACGAUUAUUAUGGCUCGGCUGCGAACGGGCGCUUUCUGCAGAAAAGUCAGACUUUCGUGCUCGCCAAACAACCUCAACAUUUUGCUACCGGCCGCAAGGGGAGUUAUCUGCAUGCACUCCUGUUAAUGGGUGGUCACACAUCAUCGUUCCAGAUAAACAAACAUUGGUAACAGAUGCCGGCAAACUUUCCGUAUUGGACAGCCUUUUGCGGCGUCUGAAGGAACAGGGCCAUAGAGUCCUGAUUUAUUCUCAGAUGACGAAAAUGAUCGAUUUGCUUGAGGAAUACAUGUAUCAUAGAAAACACACGUUCAUGAGAUUAGAUGGCUCGUCGAAAAUCUCGGAUCGUCGAGACAUGGUAGCAGAUUUUCAAAAGAGAGCGGACAUAUUCGUCUUUCUGCUUAGCACUAGGGCUGGCGGCCUGGGAAUUAACCUUACUGCGGCAGACACGGUGAUAUUUUACGAUAGCGAUUGGAAUCCCACUGUAGACCAACAAGCUAUGGAUCGCGCCCACAGACUGGGGCAAACCAAACAAGUCACGGUCUACCGAUUGAUAUGUAAGGGAACUAUUGAGGAACGAAUUUUGCAGAGAGCACGUGAGAAAAGCGAGAUCCAACGUAUGGUCAUAAGCGGCGGAAACUUUAAACCCGACACCUUGAAACCCAAGGAAGUCGUGUCGCUGCUUUUAGACGAUGAAGAAAUCGAAGCAAAAUACAGCCAACGAAGCGAGGAGAGAAAGCAGCAACGAGCGGAGGAGGCUCGCCUCGAGUCAAACCUACAGCACAAGGAGAGGGACCGGAAGAGGAAGUUAACCGCGCUUCCGGUCAAGAACGAUGCGAAGAAACCAUGUCUAGCGGAUGCUAAUGGCGACAAAAACAACGAUGCCGUUCAAGUUCAUCUUAAUGAGUUUAAAGCGGCCGCUAAUCCGAUACAGUCACAGCACCAGAACAAUCACCAUCAACAGCAAUUAGAAAAUGUAGAUAAUUACAGCACGCCGACCAGCCCGGCCAAAUCAGAAGAUGAAACGAGCAACGAAGGACUUGUUGUCGAUGUGGAUGGUCCAGUGGCAGCUUCCGGCGGAGACUCUCGUGGACAGUCCCGAGGCAAUCUCCAAUUUGGAGAAUCUCCAACCAAGGUCGCCCGGCUCGGACAUCAAUUCGCCUUCGGUAUGGGCGCGAGCGCGCGUAUGCGACAAUCCGUACGUGGUGCGAGCAAGCGUGGCCGACCGCGCGGUUCUCGCAGAGGUGGACCGAUUGGCGGUAAAGGAAGAGGAUUACUUCUGGUGCAUCCGUCAUCCAAAGGUUCCGGCGAAGCGCCAUCAACCUUGUCAUCGAUCGACAGUGGGUCUUCGAGCGAGCAGAUGUUACAGCACGGGAUGCACGGGAUGUCAGAGCCCGCCGACGGCGACGGCCCCAGCACGGUUGGCCCUCUCGGUCCCGUGGGUACUCUGAUUCCGUUAUCAGGACGUGGCGGUGUCGCGGGGAUUCGACGGGGUCCAGGCAGACCGCGGCUACGACCGACCGGACCCGGCCAUCAGGGCUAUCGCUCGUCCAGUCAUCAUCACGGUAAGAAGAUCCAGAAAGCACUGCCGGUGCCCAUCAGGUCUCAUCAAGGAACCGUGAGUGUCGCGAGCCAGCAGAAGGCGACCUCAUCGUUGUCGCAGCAACGUCCCGGCGUUUCGUCAUCUUCGGCUGCGGCUGUGAACUCGAAGUCGCUGCUGCCGUCAUCAUCGUCAUCGUCGUCGUCGUCGUCCUUGGUGGAGCCACGACCUUUUGGAUUCUACACGCAGCAAUCGCAUGCAGGAUCAUCGUAGUUUUGCUUAGAACGAAAGAACGAUCUAGUUUCAAAACAUUGAUGAGAUGUUCGAGAUGUUUUCUUCUGCCAAGUGUCGAAAUUCGUCGCUGAAUUAUCGAGCGAUAAUCGAGCCACGAGUUCGCAGGAAGGUGCGCAUCAGCAAAACAGUGUAAGUAGUGCUUUUCUGUUCACGGAUCGCUCGAAUUCCGCACGCCGCGUCCCGGCAAGUUUCAGACUCAAUUUCAAAUGUUGUAUAUUUAUUGUGCAUUGUGAGAGUUGGACUUUUUCAGUGAUGACUUUUCAGUGACUCAAGUGUGCAGUAUGAUUAAUAUUUCGUCGCUCCCCGUCGUCUCUUGUCCUAAAUUGUAAUUACAUGUGGCAGGAAGCAGCGUUGACAAUAUUGUUAUAAUUAUGAUUGCACUGCAAUUAUAUUUAUUUCACUUAUUUAUAGCGUAGGAACAAAUUUUGUGGCAUAGAGCUCAGACAAAGAUAAGCGUUAGAAAAUUAUCGAUCGAUAUCAUCGAUGUAAAACUAGGUACUUAAUUCGAGUUCUGUCUCUGAAUUCGUUUUCUGGAUGUUACAGCGACUCACAUUGUUUUUUCAAUUUCGAUUUGAAAGGUGCGAGAAGGAAAUUUUUAUCGGACACUUCAUCGUUUGCUGCGCGAAUGACACGGAUGAAUUCUCAAUCGAUUGACUCAAUUCCACAUGAUGGUCAUGUGCUAGUUCUUGAUUUUAUUUUAAUUGUGCUACACUUUAGUUAAUCAACACGACGUCGUGCGCGCGCGCACGCGGCAACGCCGAAUUCUGACGAUGAUCAUCGACAGAUUAAAUGUCUGGCAGGUUUGUCGAGGAGAAGGUCGCCACACAUCACUUUUCUCUUUUUUUUUUUUUUUUCCAUCGAUUGCUCUCUCAGCAUCAUUGUACAUUGUCAUUAACUAUAGCAUUAUUCCGUCACUAGACUCGGCUAGCCGAUAUUUUUUAUGCAUGUUAUGAAACGUCGUUAGGCCAGUUCAAUUUGUAAAAGAAUAGUAUUUAUAUUAGCAAUAAACUGACAAAAAUUCAAUCUUCA